AUGGGUAAAGUGAAAACUAAAUCCUAUAAUAAAGUUCCUGUUGUCAGGGAUGCUGGCACGUCGGAGGCGACAGUUCGCCCUAUGGACGACGUGUGUCCGUGGGACGCGGUCCCAGGCCCCAGUAUAGAACACGCCACGGGUUCCACGGGGGCCCCCCACCUAACGUCAUCUGGAACAACGUUGUCGGUUGAAGGUCCACCCGAAGACAGCAGCAGCAGUUCGGUCGGGUUACUGCAAUCUGUCGAAGUUGCACGGGCGUCCCGCAAAAAUUCAACGACGCAACUGGAUUCCUGUAGUUCUUCGUCUGAUGUCAGCCUAGCAGUGACCGAGGUCUCUGAACACCUUCGAAAAUCAUGCUGUAUGCAGCACAGCAGUAGUGUAGGCGGCACAACAAUGACGGAAAGAAGCGGUGGAAGCGGGUCCGAGAUGAUCGCUCGAAAUUAUUCAAUCGGCUCUGCUUUUAGAAGAGUGAAGCUUGCAGAAAUUGGUCGGCCAUCUGCUUCGUCCUAUAACGAGGAGCCUGAAAGUUAUAUUACGAAAUCGAAGGUCUUGUCGUUCGACAGGGAUCCAACGAUGAGGUCUUCGGCCAAGGCUCCUGUAAUAAGUAUUAGUGCGAUCGUGGGCGAGUUAGGGGAGAACACGGACGAAAGUUGCACCGCGAUGGCAGAGGAAGAAGAGAUAGCGGAAGACGCUACGAAAACGGAAGAGCCGGACACAGAUAAAAGUAAUUCGACGAACACUGCCGGGAAGGACUCGGCAAGUCCGGCUCAAGCGGAAACGGAAACCGCAGAGUUGCUGGAAGAGGCACAGGUGGUUCCUGUUUGGAAACCGGACACUCCACAGAGUGACCACACAGCGCCUGUCACUCAGUCAGCAACUCAGCAAAAGCGUGACAAUAACGUUAACGAAGUGUGCCCGUGGGAAGACGAAGAAAACUGUACAGUGGAUGCACCUUAUGUAAAAACCUACGCGACUUUAGGUUACUUGUAACUUGGCGUUAAAAACUAAACUUACAUUUUACACGUAAACACUCAAAAGUUGAAAUUUCAUUUCCACUUAACUAAGUUCGAGUGCCCGAGCUACUGA